AUGCCGCCCACUUCCUCUGCCGCGUCUACCGCCGCCUGCGCCGCCGCUGCAGGCGCAGGCGCAGCAGCCAAGGCCGCGCCCCUCUCGCGCGCCGUCUUUGCGCCGCGCCGCUGGCACGAGCGCGGCGCCGCCAACCACGGCUGGCUGAAGACGUUCCAUACAUUCAGCUUCGCCUCCUACCAUGAUCCGCGCUUCGAGGACUUCGGGCCCUUGCGCGUGCUGAAUGAAGAUCGUGUCGCGCCUCGUACUGGCUUUCCAACGCAUCCUCACAGCAAUGCCGAGAUCUUCUCCUACGUCCUCUCCGGCGAACUGACGCACAAAGACUCGCUGGGCAACGUCGAGGUGCUGAAGCGAGGCGAGGUGCAGUUCACCAGUGCCGGCUCGGGCAUUCGGCAUAGCGAGUACAACGACCACCCGAGCGAGGCGGUGCAUUUCCUGCAGAUCUGGUACACUCCCGACCAGCGCAACCUGCCUCCCAAGUACUACACGCACCCUCAAAUCUCCGAUGCGGCAAAGCGCGACGUUCUCCUGACCCUCAUCCGUCCCGCCUCGACAUUCACUGCGCAGGAGCUCUCCCUCACCGGCCUGCUGCCUGCCGGCCGUGCCAUUCCCGCGCACGCCGCCCUCGUCACGCGUGCCUCGCUGUUGUCGCCGCGUGCAAAGGUGACGCAUCAAGUGGGCGGCGAGACGGGAGAGAAGGAGGGUGAGCGAUGGGUGUAUGUGCAUCUGGCCAUGUCGAGCGGAUGGAAAGACCCGGACGUGUAUCGCGCUGCACUGCGCAAGGCGGUGCAGGGCAACCAGUCGCACAAGGAUCGCCUGGCGCACGCCGCCAACUUUCUGGAGCACGUCUACGGCGAGGCGCCCGACUGGAGCACCACGGCCAAGUCGCAAGACGGCAGCGAGCACGCCGCGCGCAAGAUGGAGAAGCAGCAAGCAAGACCACAGGUCACAUUGACGUUUGCACAGAGCAUCGAUGGCUUCAUUGCCGGACCGGGCAAGAAGCAGGUGGCGCUGUCUGCGCCCGAGAGUUUUGUCAUGACGCAUGCGAUGCGCACAAUGCACGAUGGCAUCCUCGUUGGUGUUGGCACGCUCAAGAGUGACGAUCCGCAGCUCAACGCUCGUCUGCUCAAUCCGCUCCCCUCUGGCGAAGCUCCCUCUCUCGCCUCGCUGCCGCGUCCCAUCGUGCUCGACACUUCGCUCCUCACGCCGCUCGAGGCCAAGAUUCUCGCCAACCACGCGGCGGGCACGGGCGCGCGGCCCCUGCUCGUCACCAGUGUCGGCGGCGCGCACGCCGCGCGCGCAGGGUGGGCAGAGCGACGUGCGGCGCUCACAGAGGCGGGCGCCGAGAUUCUCGAGGUGCCUUCUUCCGCCACCGACGCUGCGCAGCUGGACUGGAAGGCUGUCCUUGCCGCUCUCGACGGCGCCGGCAUCAAGAGGCUCAUGGUCGAGGGCGGCGCCAGCGUCAUCUCGUCUCUCCUCUGCGCACAUUCUGCGUCGUCCGACGAGCCGCUCAUCGACACGCUCAUCGUGACGAUUUCCCGACAGGCCCUCGGCGCUGGCGAAUCGUACGUCGCUCCGACGUGGCUUGCGCGCACGCUGCUGCCGGGCAGCGUCAAGACGUCGAGGCGCGGCAAGGCGCGCGCCCUGCUGAGCAAGACGCCGAGUGCCGAGCCGUUCGGCAUGGACUUUGUCCUCGCCUGGGGCGGCGGCGCGCCGCCGAGUGCAGCGCAGGCGACGGUCAGAGUGGGCGAGACGGUGCUCGAGGAGGGCGACGGCGUGUUUGUCAGGCAGGCAAGGGUGGGCGAGACGCUCGAGAUUGAGAACCUGUCGGCGAGAGAUGCGGAAAUGUGA